CACAAUUUGGAAUGGUGCAACAAUGUUGUUCUAUCGGACAAUUUUUUACUGCCUUUACAGCGUUGUGGACACAGGACAUUGAAAAACUCUGGCAGAUUGAAAUAAACUGCAACCAUGUCACCUAUCUUACUAAACAGUAUGGAGAAGGAACAUAAUGAUUACAUUAAACAGGAGUAUGUGAAGAACCCUCAUUUGGAUGGCAUGGAGGAGGACAUCUUGUACCACUUCAACCUGAGCACCAAGACACACAAUCUGCCCCAGAUGUUUGGUGAUGUGAAGUUUGUAUGUGUUGGAGGAAGUUCCAAUCGAAUGAGAUCUUUUGCCCAUUUUAUCCUUGAGCAGCUUAAGCUGCCUGGCAACAUUUCAGAUGUCCGAGACAUCUGUGAGGGAACGGACCGAUACUCCAUGUAUAAAGUAGGACCAGUGAUGUCCAUCAGUCAUGGCAUGGGCGUGCCCUCCAUCUCGAUCAUGUUGCAUGAACUAAUUAAACUGCUGUAUCAUGCCAAGUGCCGUGAUGUCAUCAUCUUCCGCAUCGGCACUUCAGGGGGAAUUGGUCUCCCAGCAGGUACUGUAGUGAUUACAGAAAAAGCUGUGGACUCAUUUUUCCGGCCGCAGUUUGACCAGGUGGUUUUGGGAAAGAUGAUUGUUAGGAGCACAGAGCUGGAUGAAGAUGUGGCCAAACAGCUGCUGCAGUAUUCCACAGAGCUGCCAGAUAUACCAACAGUCAUUGGAAACACAAUGUGCACUCAUGACUUUUACGAAGGUCAAGGGCGACUGGACGGUGCCCUGUGCUCAUUCUCUUCUGAGGAAAAAUUUGAAUAUUUAAGAAAAGCAUAUGACAAAGGUGUCAGGAAUAUUGAAAUGGAAUCCACUGUCUUUGCUGCCAUGUGUCGUGUGUGCAAUCUUAAAGCUGCAGUUGUAUGUGUGACCCUACUGAACAGGUUUGAGGGGGACCAGAUUUCCACUCCUCAUGAUGUUCUGCUGGAUUAUCAACAGAGGCCGCAGAGCUUGGUGGCCCAUUUUAUUAAGAAACGUCUUGGACUAAUGUCAUAA